GAAAAGGCUCUUUGGGUCUUCGUCAGUCUCAGUCUUCGCAGUCUCUAACAGAAUGGCAUUCAAGGUAUUAGCACUGGCCACCCUUGUGGUAGCCAUCGUCGCCCUUCCUGAUAGUCCACCUACAUAUGGCUACUCUGCUCCCACACCCUCUUAUGCACCUGCCAAAUACGACUUCAACUACGCCGUCAACGACCCACCAUCUGGCAACGACUUCGGACAUCAGGAAGCCCGUGAUGGAGACAACACACAGGGAUCGUACUACGUCCUUCUUCCUGACGGUCGUCUGCAGAGGGUCACCUACAAUGUGAACGGAGAUUCCGGUUACGUGGCUGAUGUCACCUACGAGGGAGAAGCUCGGUACCCCACCCCAAAGGCCUCCUAUGGUCCUCCUCAGCCAUCCUACAAGCCACCCACUCCUUCUUAUGCUUAAGAAACGGAACUAAGGAUAUUUAUUGAACUCAUGUCUUUGUAAAUACUAGAUAUUAACUUAACUUGGGAUGAUAUAUCUUGACGUCACGACCUGGGCGGGGUUUUUCUUGAACACUUAUAUAAAAGAAAUCUUCAUCUUUCCUAGUUUUACAUCCGAUACAUUAUAUUUUAUAAAAGUUUUGACCCAAAAAUCGGAAUAAUAAAAACGCAUAUUCCUUGUAA